GCCGAAAGUCCCCGGAGCCGCGAGCGGGCCGGGCUGGCAUAAACCCCGUCAAUGUUGGGGUGUCGAGCUCCCGAGGCAGAAAGUUUCGGCCCCGCUGAUGUGCGGUACCGGGGCGAGCCGCUCCUGCUCAGCAGCCCUGGGUGGGUCAGAGAGGAGCUGUGAGCGAUGGCUCUGGCGCUGCGGUGCCUCCGUCCUCUCCCGGCCCUGCUGCUCCGUUCCUCCUUUGCCAUGGCCAGGGGGCUGCCCCGGGCUCCCGGAGCCUGCCCGGCCCCGCUCCUGGAGGGCUGCAGGCAGUGUGUCCAGCAGAUGCUGCUGAGCAGACAGCUGGCUACCAAAAAAGCUAAAGGUAAAGGGCAGAGUCAAGCCAAAGUGAAUAUCAGUGCUGCCCUAGUUGAGGAUAUUAUCAAUUUGGAGGAAACCAAUGAAGACAUGCAGGCAGUCAUAGAAGCUCUGAAAGAAGAUUUCAGCAGAAAUCUCAGUGUUAGAACCUCACCAGGGGCCCUGGAUCACAUAACUGUGAUGACAAAAGAUGGGAAGUUUCCGCUGAACCAGCUGGGGCAGAUCUCGCAGAAGUCACCGCAGCUCAUGAUAGUGAACAUGACCAGUUUUCCUGAGAGCACAGCUGCAGCUGCAAAGGCUAUAAGGGAGAGUGGCAUGAACCUGAACCCCGAGGUGGACGGCACGGUGAUUCGGGUGCCAGUUCCCAAGGUCACGAGGGAGCACAGGGAGAGCCUGGCCAAGCUGGCCAAGCAGUUCACCAACAAGUCCAAAGAGGCCCUGAGAAAGGUGAGAAGCAAAAGCAUCACCCAAGUAAAGAAGUCCAAGAACAAAGUGUCAGAAGAUACCAUCUGGCUGCUAGAAAAGCAGAUCCAGCAAAUGGCAGAUGAGGCUGCCACGGAGAUGGACAAGCUGCUGGCAGCAAAGACCAAGGAGCUGCUUGGAUAAACACCAUCCCAAAGGCCACACUGCCCCUGGAGCUGCCACUGCCAGCACCCAUCCCUGCCUGGGCCCAGCAGCCUUGGGGUGUGCUGCAGGGAGGGGAGAGCUCUCCUUGCUGUCCUUUAUCCAGCUGGGAACAGAAUUGGACAAAGUGAGAUCAGAAAUAAAAUACCAGGAAGGAGAACUGGAAACUGCUGGAGGCACAGAGGAAGGACUGCCCUGCUCACUUUGUGCCCCAUCUUUGCCCCACACCUUCAGCCCCCUGGAGCCAGGGCCACCCACGAGAGGAACCUGCCUGUCCUGCUGCAAACCUCAGCAUUUAUUUCUGCUUGAAAUAAAGUCAAAAUGAGGUGUGGAGCAGCAGCUUCACAACAGCCAGGUCCUGGUUGCUGUGUUCCCUUGGCUCACGUGUUCCAAAGCACGCAUUUGCCCCGGCAGCAGGGUGGGAAGGGAUGAGGGAGCUCAGCACAGCGUGGGCAGGGGCUCUGUGGGGAGAGAACUGAAACCAGUGCUGUCAGCACAGCUGCUUUAGCCAGGACUGAGACAACCUAAAGCCAACACGGGAACUUCCCAAAAGCAGCAUCUGCCUCCCCAGCCAUUACAAAAUGCCCGUGAGUCUCUGGCACCUCAGCUGAGGGGCUGGAGGAGGUGCAAGCAGAGCAGGUCCUGAGCUCAUGGCACAGCUCAGCCCCUCGCUGUGAGCAGGUACUUCCCGAGGGCAGGGGCAGGAAGGUGGUGCAGCCCCCAGCCCUGCUCCCAAGGCAUUUGAGUUCAAAGAGCACCAAGUGCUCUGCACUCCUUAAAUAAACAACUCCCCAAAAGUUAGUUUGUGUGCCGUGGGGAGGGGGAGGAGGAUGAAGGAUUUGCUCUGCUAGGGCCCCACAUGUCAACAAUUUCUCUGCUUUGUGUAUUUUGGCCAAAGCCCUUACCAUGAUAAAUGAAUAAAGGAAGAUGGCGAGCCCAGGGCGGUUCCACAGCUCGGGAAA